AUGAAGAUCUCGCCAAGCGCCGCGGCCUUGGCCCUCGUCUUUGCACCCGUCGCUGUCGCCUGGGGAAGCUUUGGCCACAUCGCGACGGCAUAUCUCGCGAGCCAGUUCGUGGCCGAAUCGACCGAACAUCACUUCAAGGACCUUUUGCGAAACGACGACAGCGACUACUUGGCCGGCGUUGCCUCGUGGGCCGAUUCCAUCCGAUACACGAGAUGGGGCCGAUUCACCCGCACCUUUCACUUCAUCGACGCCCAUGACGACCCGCCCACCUCUUGCAACGUCGACUUCAAGCGCGAUUGCAAGGAAACUGGCUGCGUUAUCAGCGCCCUCGCCAACUACACGGACCAGUCGCUCGACGACUCGCUGCCCGCCUGGCGACGCGCCCAGGCGGCCAAGUUUGUCAUUCACUUUGUCGGCGACCUGCACCAGCCGCUGCACAACGAGGAUGUUGCCAAGGGCGGCAAUGGCAUCUACGUGCUUUGGGACGGUAGGGAGUUCAACUUACACCACGUGUGGGACACCUCCAUUGCAGAGAAGUGGAUUGGCGGCCUGCGAGACGGGCCGUACCCAGAGGCCGAACGAUGGGCAAAUCAGCUGGCUGUCGAAAUCACCGAGGGCAAGUUUGCCGACGAAAAGGACACAUGGCUGAAGGAUGUUGAUCUCGGCAACCCCAUCAAGACGGCCAUGGCAUGGUCAAGAGAAACCAACGCCUUCGUUUGCUCCCAUGUCUUCCCCGAGGGUGUCGACGCAAUUGAAGGCCAGGAGCUGGCAGACGAGUACUUUGACAGGGCCGGCCCGGUCGUUGAGCGGCAGGUCGCCCGUGCCGGGUACCGAAUGGCCGCGUGGCUGGAUCAAAUUGCUGCCGAGUAUCAGGUACGGAGAGCAGGAGAGCAGAUGACCGAGGAACUGUAG